UCAGAAAGGUCACUUCUCCUCCAAAGCCAACAGCGUCAGGCAAACAUCCCCACUAGCUCGCUCCUCGCAGUGGGAAAGGCUUCCCAUACUUUUCACCCCGGACCUGGGAAACCACAGGGCUGGGUCCUUGCCCACAGGUGGGUGGGGAGCCAGAAGUUUAUAAAGCAGUGGCAAGCUGGCCACAAGCGGAGCAUGCAGCAGCCUGCACCAUGAAGGGGACUCUGCUUGUGCUGGCCUUGCUGGUGAGCGGAGAGCUGGGCUUGCAGCUGGGAGAGAGUGCUGUAGGUUGCCCAAUAUUUUAUAAGAUCUUUGGGACGCUGCCCAUUGGAGACAGGAACCUGUUGAACGCAGCUUUGGAUUUGGUCCAUGCUAAUGAAUCGGAAAAAGAAGCCCUUGGAAAAGUCCAGGACUGCUACAAUGAGGGAGGGCUUGCAGCCAAGGCCUUGGAUCUGAGGGUCAUGUCAUCCAUCACUGGCAGCAAAGAAUGCAAACUCCACUUACUGCAGACAGCCAAGGAGGAAGUUAUAAAGGCCCUUCCCAUUCCCGUAGCACCCGCCAAUGCUCUGGGAAGGUGA